UGUUAUUAUGUCAAUAUUCUUGGUUCUUGUAACGGAGUAGUUUGUUUGUCUGACGAUAUUGUCAGUCAGUUCCACUAAUAUAGCUGCUUUAUGGAACCCUAGUAUUAGAAAGACACUAUCAAUUCCUAAACCAGAUGUGUUAUAUAUGUCACAUGGACCUCUUAUGCACUCACUUGGGUUUGGUUUUGAUUCCACAAUUGAUGACUAUAAAUUGGUGAGGUUAGUAUAUUUCCAUGCCAAUCGUCGCUGCUGUUAUGUUGUUCCACCAUUGGCUGAGGUUUACAGUUUGAGAAGUGGGUCUUGGAGAAUGGUGGAUAAUGAUCUGAAAUAUGUAAUUUGGGAGUAUUCAUUCUGUGCCUUUGUGAAUGGUGCUUGCCACUGGCUUGGUACUGCACGAAACAGGGAUAGCAUACGCAAUAUGAUUGUAUCAUUUGAUUUGGGCAAAGAGGUGUUUUGGGAAAUGGGAGUGCCAAAUUUUUUAGUCGGAGAACUGUAUAUCGAUAUGGAAGUUGCAGUACUUGAUGAAGCGCUUAUGUUAGUUCCAUUUGCGAGAGUCAGAUGUCUUGGAGCAGAAUUGGUUCAGUUUGGAUGAUGAAAGAGUAUGGUGUUGCAGAAUCUUGGACUAAGCUUUUCAAUUUGCACCUUCAGAAAGGGUACAAAGGUUAGUUGCAUCUAGGAACAAUGGUAGGGUUCUGUUGGCGAGAGCAGGUGGAGAACUUUUUCUCUAUGAUCCAAAGACAAAACAAACCUGGAAUGCUGGCUUCGAGGGCGAUGUACACUCUUUUUAUUUGGAUACUUUUGUGGAGAGUCUUGUUUUACUAGGUGAAGCAAAUGGAGUCUCAACUGAGCAUUCUUCUUAUUCUUCUCUUCCUGAUACAAAGAGGAGGAAUUGGAAAAGAACAAGGAAGAGAACCAGAAUGUGGAUGCAUCUACUUUUAUUUCACACCUUGUAAUUAAUGAAGCAAAUACAGCAUCGGAGGAAGAAGCAUAGCAAGUGAGAGAUUCAGUUUUAUAGAAUGAAGCAAGUGAUAUAUGCAGAUAUUGUUCCAGUUAAUGGAGGUUUAGGAAGUUGUUCUUACUUGUGUGCAGCAAGUAGUGUUUUCUCUCUAUUUAAGUAGUUUUUAAUAGUUAUUUGCAAAUCUUUCAACUUUUGUCCUCCUUAAAUGCUAUGAAGUAAUCUAAAGGUUUAAACUUUCCUUUCCA